AUGUUUGAAGCUAAGUCAUAUAAAUGGUAUUUCGAAAAUGGAUGUGAAAUUGUUCCCUUGAAAAAGCCCUAUGAUAAGAGAAAUGACUACUCUUUGACUUUAUUGGAUAUUCAAGCAGAUUUUUCUGAUUUUUUAGCAGAAGAAAAAAAUAUUAUAAGCAGUGAUAAAUUGGCGAAAGAAGAAGAAAACGGGUUUAAUUUGCAAAAAAAACAAUUUAUUCAAAAAGAAACUAAAAAAAAAAGUACAAUAGAAAGAGAAAAGUAUGUAUAUGAGAUAGACUAUUUAUGGGCUUAUAUGGAAUGGCAUUAUAGUUUUGAAGAUGAGAUAAAAGUUCAAAAAAAUUUAAUUAAGGAUAUAAAUACAUUAAAAAAAGUACCUAAGUUAUUUGUUUCAGCACAUAUAAUUGAUGGGAUAAUUAAUGAAAUGCCUAAAAAUGAAAAUUUAUGCAUAUUAAAAUAUACUACUUAUCCAAAUUUUUAUAAAAAAUAUAAUAAUGAAUUAGAUAUAUUAAGUAAGAAAAGUAAUAAUAGUAUUUAUAAUGUUUGUAAUUAUAUUUAUGAGGUUUGUGAUAUUGCAGACAAAUCAUUAACAUUUGCUAAUAGCCCUAUAAUUAAUACUACUGUAAAAAAUGUUUUAAGUAUAACAAAAAGUGGAAAAAAAAGAGAAGAUUUUAAUGAGGAAAAUGAAAAGGAAGAAAUUGAAGAAGAUGAAAUAUGGCAAAUAUAUUUAUCAAAAACAUUGAAAAGUAUAAAUGACCAAUGGCUAUUAAUUUGUAUUAAUGAUGAAUUAAAAAAGAUUAUUAACAAUUCAGGUGAUAUUUAUUUUAAAAUGUUUAAUAAAUAUAUAAAAGAAUACAAUGAGUUUAUAACAAAUCAUAAUUAUAAUAUUACAUCAAAUGAUAAAGGAACAUCAGGAAAUGACAACAAUUCUACUCAUAUGUCUAAUUCCAACAUGUUUAAAAAUGAAGAUAAAAAUAAUUUUUUUGAAUUAAAUAGUCAUAAUAAUAAUUUAAAUUUAGAAAAACUAAAAAAAUAUAAAAUAAAUUUAAUUUUUUCAGAAAAUAAAGAUAUAAAUCAUAUUAUAUAUAAAUUAUGCACAAAUUUAGGACGAUUGGAUGAUGUUGUAUUAUGUACUACAAAUAAAACUUAUAACAUAUUAAUGAAUGAUGUAGAUGGAACAUUAGCAAUAUGUCUUAAAUCAUUUUUUUCAAAAUAUUAUAUGAGUAAUGAUAUAGAAAAUAAAAUAUAUUCCCAAGAAAUGGAAAAUGGAGCAUGUAAUUUAAAAAAAAUUAAUUCAUCAUCAUAUAAUGACGAUUUAAUAAAAACAUUGUCUAUUAUGGGUUUAUGUAAAGAGAAAAUAAUUUUAAAUGAAAAGGCAACAAUUUUUAAUAAUAUAGAAUUAUUUUAUUCAUAUUAUUUGCUUGUACAUAGUGAAGCAUUAUAUAGACAAAGUGAAGGAUGUAAGUUGGUUAAAGAGAGUUUAACCUAUUCUGAGAAAGAAACAAAUGAAAUUGAUGAUGGGGUAAUUUAUAUAAGUAAAAAAGGUAUUUUUGAGAACCUCCAAUUUUCUAAUGAAGAAAUAUGUAGCUAUUUAAUGCAUAUGCAAAAAUAUAGCAAAAAUAAUAUGAUAUAUAUUAAAAAUAAAGGUUUUCGAUAUAUAAAAAGUGAAAUAAUUUAUGAAUUUUUAAUUAAGAUGAUGGAAUUAAUAAGUAUUAAUGAUAAUUUAUAUGAAUAUCAAUAUUUUGAGAAUCCUAAUAAAAUUAGUAACAACAAUAAUAAUGGAGAAGUUUUUGAUAAAUAUCGAUCGGAUUUAUAUAAAGGAUUAAAAAAAAGACAUGGAAUAACAUUUUUAAAUAUUAUGAAAUUAAUAUAUGAUAAUAUAGAAGAUUUUAAUUUUUUAAGUACAAAUAAAAUAGGAUUAGAAAAGUAUAUAAUAUUACAAUUAUGUUGGAAAUGUUUUGAUAUUGAAAAUGUCAAUUUUGAAUAUUUUAAUAUAUAUUAUAAUUACUACUUUUUUUAUGAAUAUUUAAAUAAAGGUAGUAGCGAAUUAACAUUUGAAAGUAUGCUUGAAAAUUAUUUUGUCUUUUUAAAUAAUGAUGAAUAUAUUGAUGAGACAAUCAUAUUUUUAAAUUUAUUUAAGUUGCAUAAUAUUAUGUCAUUAAAUAUUAUAAGAUCAAGUGGUAAAGUUACUAUUCAUUCAGAAAAGUUAUUUACUUUUGAUAUGGAUAUGUUUACAUAUAUAAAAUAUGUUGACGAGAAUUUUCAAAAUUUUAAUUCGAAUUUAAUGGAUAAAAUUAUACAAUCAUUUAUAAAGAAUUAUCAAUUUUUUUUAGAUUAUGGAUAUGAUAGAGAAUGUAUAAAAAAAAAUGAUUCGAAUGUUUUUGAAAGUGAAAAUAGUAACACAAAUUUAAAAGAAAUGAAUGAAAAAGACAAUUUGGUUGAUGAUGGAACGGAAAAUACUAUUUAUAAAAAUAGAGUUUUAUUUAGAAAUAAUGUAAUAUUAAAUGUGAAUAAUAUUAAUCAUAUAUGUAAUGAUAAUUUAAUGUUUGAAUAUUUUGUUGUUGUCAAAUAUUUUUACAGCGAAAAUAGUUUUUCUCUGCUUGAAAAAAAAAUAAAAAAAACUGUGAGUAUGUUAAAUGGCACUUAUAAUGCCAAUCAGGGAGAACAAAAUGUGUAUGGACAUGAAAAUUACGAACUUUCUGAAAAAUUCGAAAAUUUUAGUUCAUCACGUCUUGAUAACCUCGCAGAUUAUGAUAUACACAAAAAAUACAAUUCAAAUUAUUCCAAAAGUAUGAAACAUAAUUAUUGUUUAAAUUAUAAAAUUUUUAAAUAUCAAACAAAUUCAUUUCCUCACAUAAGAUUGAAUAAUAACUACAAUGAUUUGCUAAUUUCUGUAUUUACACCUCUUUCUUUACAUUGUUCGAUAUUUCGAGAAAAUGUAAUUUAUAAUAAAAAAAAUAAUAGCUUUCAAUUAAUACCAUCAUUUUUAAUAAAAAAUAAUUUAAGAAGUUGUUUGACAGUUUUGUUUGGUCUAAAAAAUUCUUACUAUUCUCAAGAAUUUUAUCCAUUUUUAAAUCCCUUGCUGAAUAAUAAGGAUAUGAUUGGAACAAUAGCUGUACCACCUUUAAGACAUUGUAGAACAAAAUUUAUGGAAAAAGAGAAUCCAAAGAAUGUCGAAUUAUUUGAAACGGAAAAUAUAAUUUCAUCGACAUUAAAUAAUACCAUAAAACAAUGCUCGAAUCAUUCCCCUAGUAAUAAGAAGAUUACUGAAAAGUUAUGGAAAUUGUACAAUUGUAAUUUACCUAUUAAUAAUUUUUAUAUAUAA